UCGCCGCCCUGCUAGAGUGUAUUUUGCUGCUUGCUUGCUUGCACGAGGCAUUGUCGAGUCUAUAAUCUACACACAUUUUGGAGAGAUAAUUUCACGACGCUGUGAAAGGAUCGCACAAUGGCGCGCUCUGUUGCAACUCUUCGCAACCUCAUUGCCCAGACGUCAUUGCAAAGAUACAAGUUGGCGAGUUUGAGCCCUGUGUCUGAGAGCGUGCAGAGGCAAGCUCUUGGUUUCUCCUCCAUCUUGUUCGGAGCCGGCUCUCAGCAGUUGCGUAGUGCGUCAGAACCCACGAAUUUUCAGCGGGCUACUACCAGAGCCAUGCAGAGUGGUCAAGACACAGAAGUCAAGACACAGGCGAAGGUUACAACCAAAUGUUAUUUUGAUAUUACUAUUGGCAAUAAACCUGCUGGGCGUGUUGUCUUGGGCCUUUUCGGAGAGGAUGUUCCUAUAACAGUCAAGAACUUCCAGCAACUUUGCACAGGUGAGAAGGGCUUUGGUUUCAAAGGUUCAGCUUUCCAUCGUGUCAUCAAGAACUUCAUGAUUCAGGGAGGUGACUUCGACAGGGGCAAUGGUACUGGAGGCAAGAGCAUUUAUGGAAGAACCUUCAGGGAUGAAAACUUCAAGUUGAGACAUACUGGCCCCGGAAUCUUGAGCAUGGCGAAUGCUGGUCCUCACACUAACGGAAGCCAGUUUUUCAUUUGCACUGUUGAGACUCCAUGGUUGAACAACAAGCAUGUAGUGUUCGGUCAAGUCAUAGAAGGUUUGGAUGUCGUGAGGACGAUUGAGAACCAAGACACAGAUCAUAAUGACAAGCCAAGGCAAGCAUGUGUUAUUGCUGAUUCAGGCGAGCUUUAGAUUUGUAGAUUUGCUUCAGAACCAAAAGAUGAUAUGAGUUAUCAGUCGGCCGCAUUAUUUUCGUACUAGUCACAUUGGCACUUCUCGUAUUCCGGAAUUUAGAUGAAUGUCAAGAGAGACUAUCUAACUGAACAAUAAGUAGGCUUUUUAAGUGCUGAGGUCAGAGUUAGCUAAGUUCCUUUUGUAGCCCAGUCUCAAGCAAUGUAUAAUUGUUCGGCACUUGACUAUAAUAUUAACUUUGGUUAUUGCAAUACGUUUUUGUUCUUCAA